AUGAUCAGGAUCUUCCCGGAUUUCAGUGUUCAGGUGACGGCGGCGGCUGCAGGUGGGGGAGCCGGUGGAGGGAUGCCGGCUGCGUCUCGAGUCCCGGGAGCUACGAACGGGAAUCCGCAAAACGUGCAAGGGUUUACCUCCUACCAACAAAGCGAGCCAUACUGGGAGAGAUCUGCUAAUGCCAGCUCCUGUUCUGCCAGUAGGCCCAAGACACUCCACCUUGGAGGGCAACAACAUACCUCAUCGCCAUGGUUGCAGGCUCUGAGAAAGGAGAAGUCACGUGACGCCGCUCGCUCACGCCGGGGGAAGGAAAACUUUGAGUUCUACGAGCUGGCAAAGAUGCUUCCGCUUCCCGGCGCCAUCACCAGCCAGCUGGAUAAGGCCUCUAUCAUCCGCCUCACCAUCAGCUACUUGAAAAUGAGGGACUUCGCCAACCAGGGGGACCCGCCGUGGAACCUGCGCAUUGAAGGACCGCCGCCCAACAUCUCAGUCAAAGCUAUCGGGUCCCAGCGGAGGCGGAGCCCCAGCUCAGUUGCCACGGAUAUCUUUGAGCCUCACCUUGGCAGCCACAUCCUGCAGUCCCUGGAUGGAUUUGUAUUUGCACUAAACAAGGAGGGAAGGUUUUUGUACAUCUCAGAGACGGUGUCCAUAUACCUGGGGCUUUCACAGGUAGAACUGACGGGCAGCAGUGUGUUUGACUAUGUUCAUCCGGGUGAUCACGUGGAGAUGGCUGAGCAGCUGGGCAUGAAGCUUCCUCCGGGGAGAGGACUGCUGUCUCAGUGCGCUGAGGACGGGGCCAGCUCUGCCUCCUCUUCCUCUCAUUCCGAGACACCUGAGCCAGUGGAGUCGAGCAGCCCCAGUCUUCUGUCGCCAGAUAACAUUCUAGAACGUUCCUUCUUCAUCCGUAUGAAGUCCACACUUACUAAGAGAGGUGUACACAUCAAGUCAUCUGGGUACAAGGUGAUCCACAUUACCGGCAGACUGAGGAUAAGAAUGGCAUUAACGCACAGUCGUUCGGUACCCAAUCAGAUCAUGGGAAUGGUAGUGGUUGCACAUGCACUUCCUCCGCCCACCAUCAACGAGGUUCGGAUCGACUGCCAGAUGUUUGUUACACGGGUCAACAUGGAUCUCAACAUCGUCUACUGUGAAAAUAGAAUCAGCGACUACAUGGACCUGACACCUGUCGACAUCGUAGGAAAAAGAUGUUAUCACUUUAUUCAUGCUGAGGACGUGGAAUGCAUUCGGCAAAGCCAUUUAGAAUUGAUGAAUAAAGGUCAAUGUGUCACAAAGUAUUACCGCUGGAUUCAGAAGAACGGAGGUUAUAUCUGGAUCCAGUCUAGUGCCACCAUUGCAAUCAAUGCCAAGAAUGCCAAUGAAAAGAACAUCAUCUGGGUCAACUAUGUACUCAGUAAUCCAGAGUACAAAGACACACCUAUGGAUAUUGCACAGCUACCCAACCUGCCAGAGAAAGCAUCUGAGUCCUCAGAAACAUCGGAUUCGGAAUCAGACUUCAAGGAGAACUCUGAAGACAAUGAAAAGUCAGAUGGGAAGGGGAACCAGUCAUCCGAGAACAGCGAGAACCCCGAGUCGGACAGUAAGAAACAGACGGAGAGGCCGCCAGAGCAGGAGAUGAGACGACAGGAGGAAGGAGACAGUUCCAGCAAUCCAGAGAGUCAGGACAGCGAGGAUAGCCUGGAACCGUCCGACUGUGAUGCUGACCACAAGGAGGGACGCCUGGUGCGUUUGGGUGGCCUACACAUAAAGAUAGAGCGCUAUGGUGACGGGGAGGUAGAUGAACUGCAGGACUCGCCUUCCUCUUCCUCCUCCGAGGAGGAUGAGAUGAAUGAAGAGGAUGAGAUUGUGAAAGAUUGCAACAGUGGAGAAGAGCUGAGUGGGCCAGCAAUGAGUAAACACCAGAAAAGAAAGAAGAGGCGGAAAAAGCAGAAAUGGGAUGGGAGUCGCCAACGCCUGCGGCUGUCUCCCUCAGUCGCUGCCACCCCCAGCCCUGGCAGCCUGGACACCGCCCUUGGAGACCAGCCUCCCCUUCUGCUCCCACCUUCCCCAACCAGUUCCUCCAUGCUCAAGAUCAAGACUGAGAUGUCAGAGCCUAUAAACUUUGAUAACGACAGCAGCAUCUGGAACUACCCACCCAACCGAGAGAUCUCUCACAAUGAGUCCCCCUACAGCAUGACAAAACCCCACAACACAUUCCCUUCCCCCCAGCCUGCUGGCCUGCAGGUGUCCAUUCCUGACUCUGUCCUCACUCCACCUGGGGCCGAGGGUGGAGGAGGCAAUAGAAAGCCCAAUUUCAAUGGCAACAGUAGCAGCACCAACAACACCCCAACCACUGUGUCCAGUGCAACUCUGGGAAGCCUGGCUCAUUCUUCCAGCUCCACCACCGCAGACCCCCUAUCCCCACCUCUCUCUGCCUCACCACGGGACAAGCAGCAGGGUACGCCCACCUCCUCUGGUUCCCUGCUGUACAGUAGUGACCUUGAAGCCCUGCAAAGGUUACAAGCGGGUAACGUGGUACUUCCGUUGGUGCACAGAGUCACAGGCACACUUGCUGCCCCCAGCACAGCCUCCCCGCGAGUCUACACCACUGGAACAAUCCGAUAUGCCCCAGCAGACGUCAGCCUGGCCAUGCAGGGCAACCUCCUGCCUAACGCCCAUGCUGCUGUGAACUUUGUGGAUGUCAACGGGCCAGGUUUCGGUAUAGACCCAAAAACACCCAUGGAGAUGCUUUACCACCAUGUGCACCGGCUCAACAUGUCCACCCCAUUUGGGGGCACAGUCAGCGGAGCUGGGCUCACGCAGAUGCCAUCUGCUAACGUCUUCACCACGGCAGAAGGACUCUUCUCCACGCUUCCAUUCUCCGUUUACAGCAAUGGCAUUCACAACACACAGACUCUGGAGCGCAAGGAGGAUUGAAGCAAAACAUCGAGACCAUAUUACUGUGUUCAACUGUGUUCAAAAGACUCUUAUGAGGUAAAAGACUGUAUCAAAGUUGGGGAAAAGCAAGAUGUUCUAGCACUUUGAAUUUUGAGCAAUUGAGCUUGUGUAACUGAAAUUAAUGGUUUCUCUUCCUGUGACUUUCUAUCUCUUCUACUUGCUCUUUCUUCUCUCUCACAAGUUCUUGAUGACGGUUUCUCUAAACAGACUCAUCUCUAUUGUAAAGAGUUCCUUCAGAGCCACAGGGAAUUCGUAGCACUGUAGCGUGAUUUCUCUAUGGUGAGAUAUUUGACCAGAGUAUGUAACAUCCUCAUGAGGAUGUCUUAAAGGUAUUUGAAAAGAAGAUUAUUAAGAAAAGGAUCUGUUUGUGUUUCUAAUGGUAUCUUGAUGUGAUCGAGAUUGUUCCAGACAAAAGGAUGUUACCCUAUUUGAUCUUGUUCAAAGGGUUUUAAGGUCAUUUCUAAAGGGGAAAUAGUAUUUUAGAAAUAAUACUUUUUCUUCGUUUUUUAUAGCUCAAACUUAACUUGCAAAUCAUGCAUUAAAAAAAAGCAAUUUUAGCCGGGUAUCGACCUGUGAAUAGAAUGAUACUUCAAAAUCCCAGGACAUGGAACAGGUCAGUGAGAUUUUUCCAGUUCCAUCUUCUGUUUGCAGAUCCAUGGUGCUAUCAUUAAGUUACCCUCACUCAGCUGGCUGAUGUAGGUACCGUUCUGGAACUCCAGACAAAUGGCGGCUUGUGAGCUUUUAACAAAAAAGUCAAACCUUUAACAGAUUUUUUUAGUUUUUCUUUGAUUAUUGUUUAAUCACUUACCAGUGAGUGCAGGAGGGUAUUUUCGCUCAAACUAAUUGAGUCAGUAAAGGGAUAUGAAAAACGAUUUUUUUGUUUGUUUGUUUGGUUUUUUUUUGUUUGUUUGUUUUGUUUUUUUACAUUUAACAGAAUUACUUUCUAUCUCUCAGUGCAACUGAGGCUAAUUUUGCAUCACUUGAACAUGAAUGUUAAACUCCAACAGGCUUUGGUCAAAACUAUCCCUAAUUGCUUAGGGGAUUUUUUUAAAUUAUUAUUAAUUUUUGUUUUCAACGUUUACACUCCCUCUUUAGCUUACAAGCCUGGUGUCUUUCCCAAAAUCGAUUCCCCUUCAUCCCUUUCCCUUUACUCUCUCUGAAAAAUCACAUAUCAAGCAAAGAUUGUAAUAAAGACAUGCAUUUUCAAUCAAAAAAUGUUUUCAAAAUCCACAUUCCUAAUUUUUAUCCACUGUUGCCAAAAAUAUUUACUCACAGUUUGGUGUUAAAACACUGUGAUUUGAUGUUUAAAAAAAAAAAAAUUAUGAAGUAAUAAAACGGAAGAAAACUGUCACUUCAUUAUUUGGCAGCCGUCCAUUGAGUCAUCUAUUACGCAGCGUGAUAACCGUAAACUUGUACAAUGUGUAAGUGUCAUUGGCUGUCAGUCUCCAUAGCAACUUAAUUGUGUGUUACUAUAUGCAGUAUAUACGGAGCUAAUGUAGCUGUUUUGUCCUUUGUCCUCUCUGUGCUAGUCCGGGCUUGGACGGGGAAAACAUUUGUUCCCCGUCUACCCCCCCUUGCAGUCUUAGUGAACCAGUGGAGGUUAGUGGAUUUUGUGUGGUGGCCUUCCAAUGUAGUGUCACCUUUUUUGCUGCUUCUUUUUUGUAUGUAUUACUUUCUUCUUUUUCUGCUAUUGCUUUGCUGUCGUGUAGUCUACAGACCUCUCUCUCUCUUCUUCUCAGAGAUAAAAGACUCUGAACUAGAUCAAAGGUUUAAGGAGCCAUUUUUUUCCCACUGAGGAAUUCUGGGAUUGGAGUUUCCAGCUCAAAAAUGAUGAGGAAUUAAAACAAACUGAAGUAGCAUUUACUAGACUGGAACCUUAAAAGCCUCAGAUGUGAAACAUUCCCAGAGUCCCUUGUGCUUCUCUUGUGCAUUGGGUGUAUUUCAUUGGUUUCCACCAAACCUGUUGACUUCAAGGACCCUGCAACUCACAGGAAAUAUUAAAAGAUUAUGGUAGUAUUUCAGGACAAUAAACAGUUUUAAAGAUUUCUAAAGAGAUGAAAAAAAUAUUUCGCACUAUAAAAUCUAUUUUUAUAGGUGUUUUGGAAAUGCAUGUUUACUAAGUUGAUUGUUUGGUUUACUUGAUUUUGUUUGGUCCAACGGCUUUGUCGAUGUUUAGUGUUUUUUUUGUUGUUUUUUUUAGACUGUCCAGCAAAGGGAAUGGGGAGCCUUCGUCUUUUUACCUGAAUCAGGCUUCCCCCCAACAUCAGGAAACUUGUGUCUGUGGUUUCUGUGAAGAUGUGUUGUUACUCAAACCCAGGUGAUGAUAUUAAUAUGUUUUUAAAACGAUAACAGGACUUGCUGUUGGAACGGUUGCAGGAGAGCUUGGCGUCACCGCUGCAGGUUAACGGGAUCUUAGAUUUUAGCAUUUUGUACGUAGAUCAGAGACGUUUGAGGUGGGGGGUUUGGGGGCAGCUCCCAAAACAGACACUGUGGACAAGGAAAUACACCCAUAUGUUACUAACCGAACAGCCGGGCGAGCUGUCUCAAUGUAUCUGUGUUGUGUCAAAAUGAUUGCUGGUGAUUUAAUCUUAAACUAAUCUCAGCUGCUGUCAGAUAAAUAGUGUUUAAAAUUACAAUAUGAGAAAUCACUUCAUUACCUGUGAAGACUGUGUCUGUGUUUUUAACUAUUUCUUGUACAAUUAUUCAGAUUCUUUUAUGAGGAACUUGGUGCCAAGUAGAAGAAUAUGGGAGAAAGGGGAUUCUCUUAAUAUCAGUGUUAACAGUGUUAUAAAUUCUAAAUACAAACAAAUUAAAAUAUUAAAAGAGAAAACUAUGGUACAUUUUUAUUUUGUUUUUUGUUUUCAGAAGAAAAGACAAAAAACUUAACUAACUGAAGCUAACUUUGAGUGCCUGGCUUAUUUUUUUAUUUUGAAAACACCGUUUUUGUUCAUUUACCAUGAAUAAUGCUGCAAUUCAAAAAUGUACAUACUUCAUUUUACAACAGGGUUAUUUUAUACUUUUGUAGGUUUUCAUCAGUUAAAGCGACAUGUCAUACAUGGUUGUCUUUCUGUAACACAAUUUUUUUUACCAUCUUACAGGUGCCAUAUUCAUAAUAAACUUUUCUUGGAUUUGUUACUAUCUGGCAUCAUUUCUUUUACAUUCUGUUCAUCAUAAGUCAAUGCCGAACAUCAGUGAUUAUUCUUUGCUUUCCUCCUUUACUGCUUCUUUCUGUUCUUUCUUGCCCUCCUAUGUUUUCCCCUGGUCCUUAAUUUUGGUUAAUGUACAUAUGUAAUGUACAUGUUUCAGGUAAGGGAAUAUCAAAAUAUUCCCAUGUAGCCCAGCUAUCUCUUACUUCCAGACUCAUUGAAUGGCAAUCCAGUGCACGUUUACAGUGUCCAUGUACCAGGGCCUUUGUGUUCGAUAUGUUUAAGCAGUGGCUGAGCGAAUCUCCUUUUCAUUGGACAGAU